AUGUCUGGAUAUCCUGCUGGCUCUGGUGAUGGUAAUGGUUUGGAUUCUUUAUUGGCUCAGCUUCGACAGCAGCAGAACAAAACUGUCAAUCUGGAGCCCAGCUUUAGCUACUAUAAUAACGGCGGCUACUUUGGUCAACCUCAAUCCCAGCAGCCUCAUUACCACCAACCUGCGGUGUCGUCACCAAUUCCUACACCUCCAACAACGGGUCAACAACCUCACCAUAGCUCAACCAUCAUGAGCCCAGUGGGUACCCCUCAGCCGCGUCUGCCUGCUGCAACAGGUGGUACCUCCAAUGCCGACCGAACUUCCAGCCUUCUAAAUCUCCUAAAGUUCAGCCAGCCCUCUGCCGCCAACACCGCAGCGAAUACAGUACCAAUCGGCACACCUUUACCUCCUUCCCGAGAACCCUCUUCACAUUAUACUACCGCUGAUACAGUUGGUCAAAGCAGCAGCCCUGCUCAAGGACGUGGCGGAUCCGACCUAUUGGCCUCGCUCAUAGGAUCGAGCCAAUCCAAGGCAGGCCAGCAGGCUACUCCGAACUUUUCCUCACCUGCACAACCAGCUCAGCCUAGCUUUGGCUCUGCGAAUACCUCCACCCCUGCCGAUACUCAAGCCUACCUCCUCCAGCUUUUGAAUCAGCCAAAACCUGCACAAUCCGAUAGCACUCCACAACUCAAGUCAACAAAAGUUUUUACACCUCCAAGCAAGGCCAGCUCGCAGGAUGACGUUGGAGACAUCACCCAAGCUUUGGAGGAUGCUUCUUUAGAUAUGAACAUAAUGGGCCAGACUACAACAGAAUCCAUUCCUGCCUUUGCAAAGGAGAAUGUCCGAGACUCUGCUCCGAAAAUUACGCAAGGUCUUUUCACAUAUGUCAACCCGUUCGAGCAGCUUGCUGCUUCAUCCCCGCGCAACCGCACCCCCAAGAACGCGACACCAGGUCCUUCCAGUAGCCCCGCUAUACAAAUUCUAAAGCAUCCUCGCCACGAGUCUACGGAGCACAAGCGGAAGACGGAUGAGAGGAGUACGGUGUCGAGCCCAGCUCAUACAAAGCGGAAGCUUGAACCCUCUCAAGCAUCUCCCUCUCCGUCAAUUCCUCUCCCAGACGGACGCACUCCAGUCGAGGCCUUGAUGGGCAUAGGCGCACCUGACCACAAGGAAACCGUUCAGGAUGCUCUGAAUGAGGUUGGAAGCCAAGUCGAUAGAGAAGUCCGAGAUGCAAUUGCUCGCGCCGAAAACGACGAAAAUCAAGUAGAAAUUGAAAAGGACUUGCAGGACAUGCUUGAAGCCAAGACCGAGGAAGAAUUCGAAGAGGCUGCUCAAGCUGCUGCGAUUGCUAUCAAGAAAGAGCUUGAAAAGGAAGAGAACCUUGGUGCGCUCGACAGCCUUCCAUCUCCUGUGGCUGAGGCAGUGAAGGACAUCGUCGAUGAUACAGCUCAUGGUCAUGUCGCUGAUAGCUGGGAGAGCGCUGAUGCCGAAGAAAGUCCCAUCAAAGAUGAAGAAGACAGUGUCAUCAAGGUCUACAAUUUUCCAAUGCGACCGUGGACUUCCUUCACCAUCAAGGAAACUGAAGAGACUCGUCCAUUACUCCGCGAUGAGGCAGUUAUGGAUAUCGCCCGCCUCAAGAAGGACUUUGACCAGAUUGAUCGAACUCUCGUCACUGCAUCCAAUAAUUUCAUUGUGUACGGCAUGUCUAAGAAUGGUGGAGUACGCAUUAUCAGACAGGAUGACGGCAAAGAUGCGAGACUUUUCACCGAGACGCACGAUCGUAUCUUCAGCGUCGUCAUGUCAUCUUCAUCAGCUGAUCUCAAGGAGGCUAUUAUUGGCACUGGCAUCAGUGGAACAGUCUACUGGGCCUUGAUCAAGGAUGGCGAAGGAGAUCACAUCGAAGAGAGCAACCCAGAACAGUAUGGGUUUGCACUUCCUCCUAUUCAAGCUCUGGACAGCGAAUCACCGGGUGGUGUUUUGAAGACCCGUGCGCGAAAGAGCUCCAAUCAUCCUGAUUUCUUUGCUGUGGGUCGAGGGAAGUUCAUCCAUGUAAUUUGGCCUUCCGUCAUCUUGAAGCAGUCUUUCCUGAAAAAUGGCAAAGACCGUAUCGUUGACGUCGAGAAAUAUCUCACCAAGCAUUCUCUCAAGGUCAACACCGGCAAGGCGGGCAAAGACUUCACCUUCAGUGAAGAUGAUACGACCAUUGUAUCUCUCGACAAGGCCGGACGAGUCAAAUUCUGGGAUGUUCGCAGCCUUACCAAGACUGAUAUCAUGGGCAAUCCAACUCACGCUCACAGCAUUGAGAUCAAGGAGCCGUUGAUCACUUUCACAACUACUCCAGCGACUGAGAAAUCAUGGCCUACAUCAGUCUUGUUCGUCGACAAGCUCCGACCCUAUCAACGAGGUGGCGCAUUGAGAUACUUGAUUGUUGGGAUGAAGCAAAACCAUACAUUGCAGUUAUGGGACCUUGCUCUCAGAAAACCUGUCCAAGAAAUUCAUCUCCCCCAUAGCAAGGAGUCGGACGCUGUCUGCAGUGUCGUAUACCAUGCUUCUUCAUCGAUAAUCAUCGUUGGACAUCCAACCCGCAAUUCGAUCUACUUCCUUCAUUUGUCCGCCCCGAAAUAUAACCUUCCAAAGAACUUCACGCAAGCCGAAUACAUUGAAAAGCUUGUUGCCGGUGAUCCUUCAGCUCCGAAGCCCGAAUCUACUGCAGUUAUCAGCGGCAUGCGCGAGUACUCCUUUGCCAACAAGGGCGUCCUCAGAAGCCUUGACAUCCUGCAAAGUCCAAACUCGGCCUCUGCUAGCGCUGAUUCUUCAACACUGUUCGAGCUAUAUGCGAUGCAUUCGAAAGGUGUCACAUGUCUCAACAUCAGGCAAGCUGAUCUUGGAUGGAAUUCCGAUAAUAAGGUCAUCAAUCCCGUUUUUGCGGAGAAGGUUGGAGUGAUUUCGAUCGAUACUCUCAAGGAAAUCCCUGCUACUCCAGCACCUGAGGUCACUGAGGCUACAGCUCAGCCUUCGAUUCCCACUCGUAUCGUCCCGCGUCCAGCUGCUAAGGAGUCAGUAGCGAAGGAGACGCCUAGAAAGGCUGCACUGAAUGACCCAUCAAGCGUUGUUCCGAAGAGUGACGACAAGGCCGAAAAGAAAGAAGUGUCUCCAUCCAACGGUGGAUUGGCCUCUGCUAGCGGCCCUGAGAAGUCGGAGAAGAAGAAGAGGAGAAAGGCAACCUCCGAGAACUCCACUGCCGGGCCAUCGGGUGCUCCCCAGCCUUCCCAAUCGUCCAAGAUGGUUGUCCUCGACCCUUCCUCCAACAGCAGGAAUGGAAGCCUCGGAAAGGCCAAUGCUGGUAUGGCCCCCAUUCCUGAAUCCAACACUGUCGUUCGCUCGCAAGACAUUAGCGAUGCAGCUAUCAAGAGCAUUGAGACUCGUGUCGCUGCUGAGGUCAAGUCAAUCUUUGGACAGUCUAUGGACUCGCUCUAUCAAAAUAUCAAGGAUGAUAGGCGUACUCAAGCUGCUGUAGCAGAAGCAAAGUCGGAUGCAAUGCUACGCCUUGUCUCUAGCACCCUGUCUGAUAACAUCGAAGUGACUCUCGGUCGAAUCGUCAUUGGUAGUAUUCAAAAGUCUGUACUGCCAGCUCUCUCCGAUCUCGUUGAUGAGCAAUUUGGCCCGAAGCUGAAUUCUCACUUGAUUCAAAAUAUGCCUAUGGAGCUUCAAAAGGUUCUUCCGGAUGCCAUUGGAAAGGCUUUGCAGCAGCCUCAGCUCUUGAAAUUGAUGUCAGAAUCUCUUGCUAAGAGUGUUGCGUUCCGAGUCGAAGAGCAGUUCGCCGUCAUCCUCCAAAACGUGGUUACUCCAGCAUUUACUAGUCUUGCAGUUCAAACUUCGCAGAGAGUUGCCGGUGAUAUCCAUCGUCAGGCUACUGCGCAAAUCGAAAAUAUUGAACAACAGCGCCAAGCUGACACGGUAAAGAUCGAUAAAUUGACACAACUUGUCACAAGCUUAACCGAGACUGUUUCAUCGAUGGCCUCUGCGCAAAGCGACUUCCAAGGACAGUUCUUGAGGAUGCAACAGCAAGCUGUCAUCGACCGAAAACAGGCGGCGGCUCGUCAGUCAGAAGGUCAGCGCAACUCCAUUUCCAGGCCAUCAUCGACUGCUCUCGCGGCCCCAGUUGAGAAAUCGCCCGAGGAAGAGGAAUAUGACUCUAUGCUUAACAGCAUCAGUAAGGCCAUGGCCGAAGGCGAAUACGAAAAUGCUGUCAUCCAAUGGCUUCAAACUCAACGAGAACAGGAGUUCUUCAAGAAGUACUUUUGCCAGUACAACCCUGAAUUCAUUCGCGAAUUGAGCCCUCUUCUCCUGCUUUCGCUCGGUGCUACUGUUAGUCUCGAAUUUGAAGACCCGUUCAUUCACCAACGUAUUGCAUGGAUGGACGUCAUCGUGAACUCCUUCCAUGGUCAUUACAUUGCGGGCACUUUGGAGCAACAGGUCAGAGAACUCAUCCCAAAGAUCAUGGGCAUCUACAUCCAACGCAUCGAACACCUCUUCAUGCGCAUCAGCCAAAUCGCCGCCCAUGAUCCCAAUCUCAAGCGACUGUCCAUGAUGGUUAGCAUUGCGAACCGCAUUCUCGAUAGUGAACGCCAACGCACCGGUUUGUGA